GUGUUCGAGGGCGUGUCAACAACGGAGCAAGAGAAGGGAAGAUACCCAGGCAAUAUUGCAAUACGCGCGUUCUCAUUGGUCUUUCCCCUAAUCCUUUCCUUUGUACUACACAACCAGUAUCCUUUUUUUGGUUUUUCUAUAUCAUGCGUUAGCUUUCCUUCUAUAACUAUUUACCUUUACCUUUCUUUGCGACAUUUCGCGCUUUUUACUUUACAUUUGGAUGAAUUGGGGAUGGUUUUCUUUUCUUCAACACCCGGUUGUGGUACACGGUGCCGCAGCAUACUUUCUCAUGUUUCUUUACGAAACUUCGAUUCUGUAAUACCCCGUUACUAUAUUCAGUCCUUCCAGACAGUUGCAGAGUUUACGGCCCGCACAGCACCACUUCCAACACCAAUGUUCUCAUCUUGUUAG